AAAGGAAGCAUAUCUCCUUCAAAUGAAAACACAUCUUUCAUACUUCACAAAGUUUCAGUCAAACAUUACGUACAGCCAAGUAGCUGCGCAACUCUAGAUGUGAAGCGGUCGGCGAUUGGUUCGGUGCCUCUGCAGACAUUGUCGAAAGUGAAACAAAAUAUUGUGGAAACAUUUAACACUUUGUAUGUGAACUAUAACUUAAUAUAGUGAGGGCUAGUGAGGGAAAUAUGGCUUAUUUGUAAAUAUUUUUAAAUAGUUAUAUCGAAUAAAGAUGAUAUUUGGACAAGAGCGACUGGGUAUACACAACUGGAUGAAUAUGGAUAUGUUACAAGUGCAAUUUCGGCAUCCAAACGCAGCAACACUGGGGCCGUUCGGAGAGAUACCGCCACUGAUGCACGAUCAGCCGCCCCCGACGACCGUCGGCAGCCCGAAUUCCGGGAUGUUGCCGUCGUUCGGGUUUACACAGGAGCAGGUUGCGUGUGUUUGUGAAGUUCUUCAACAGGGUGGGAAUAUAGACCGCCUGGCCAGGUUCUUAUGGUCACUUCCGGCUUGUGAACAUCUUCAUAAAAAUGAAAGUGUGUUAAAAGCGAAAGCAGUGGUUGCGUUUCAUCGUGGAAAUUUUAAAGAACUAUACAAAAUCUUGGAAAGUAAUAAUUUUUCACCGCAUAAUCAUCCGAAAAUGCAGGCAUUGUGGUUGAAAGCACAUUACAUUGAAGCUGAAAAGCUUCGCGGUCGGCCUCUCGGGGCUGUCGGCAAGUACAGGGUCCGACGAAAGUUUCCCCUUCCUCGGACUAUCUGGGAUGGCGAGGAGACGAGUUAUUGUUUCAAAGAAAAGUCACGGACUGUUUUAAGGGAGUGGUAUGCCCACAACCCUUACCCUUCACCUAGGGAGAAGCGGGAACUGUCGGAAGGUACCGGCCUCACGACCACGCAGGUCAGCAACUGGUUUAAGAAUCGCCGACAGAGAGACAGAGCCGCCGAGCAGAAGGAUAGGGAGGGUAACGACAAGGGCGGCCAUCUAAACCUGAGUUCCCCCCUCUCCAGCGAGAAGAGUGGGGACAGCAACGAUGGCCUCAACGGGGAUAUUAAAACAGAGGCGGACGCCUUGACCUCCCAGUCCAUCUAUACAGAUCUGCAGAAACCACUUCCGGGAUCCAACAUAUUGUCCGGUCUGGAUAACACGCAUGCGCAACACCCAGUUGUCUCAAUGAACAAUGGUUCCUCCCAUCACGAUAUGGGACAAAUGUUAUCCGAGUAUCAGACGUUGUGACAUUAGGCUCCGGUGACUUUGGUCACCCUACACAUUGCAAUUAAUUGUUCUUUGCAAUCAAAACUAGCAUACCAAAGAUAAACUGACAUACAGUUCAGUUCAGUGUGAAAGUGUAGAGUUUUUGAAUAACAGAAAGCAUUGUCACCGAGUGCCAUAGUUUAGACACAUGAAACGUCAUUUUAUUCUGAACAUUUAUGACGUCGUCUGUGUAUUGUGACAAUCAUUAUUGCGCUGCCAUGACCAGCCAUUUUCUUGUUGAAAUGGCAAUACGUAAGAUUGACCCGAAGUUCUUGAAGUAUUUGUGCUUUAUCGCGUAAUAAUGUAUUUUCCCUUGUCCUGAGUGUUCACAUUUGCUACAAAUUCCGCAGAUGUAGACGUGCCAUAUCCAUUAAGCUCUCCUGCAAAACCGAUCAUUUGAAUGAAAGUGACAUUCGCUAUGCGAUGUGUCAAGUACAAAAGUUGGGAAAUCAAACUAGCGUCCUUUCAGCCCUUCCUGUGCCACUGUCUGGGCUCUUCAUUUCAGAUGUAUUCUAUAUUUAGAGUCCACACACAUAUACUUAGUGCUUACGGACGCGUAGGACCUAAACCCACGUGAUCGUCUUCAUUUCACACUAGGGCAUGCUAGAACGUUAGAAGGUACUUUUAUGCAAUUCAUGACAGAAUGUGCUGCGCUUGCGGCACAUGUACGAUUCAAAGCGGGUAAAUGCAAUGCCUGUUAAGGCCUCUACUUUGUGUAUUUUCUUUCCGUCAGUGGAUCUAUUGACAUGUAUGUUUGCACAGACUUUGUAACACUAGGAAUCUCGUGAUAAUUGUAUAGUAUUAUGUUCAAUCCUGUUUUGUCCUUCCUGUUAUUUGUAUUUCAAUGGCUUAUUGUGUGUACCACGUCAGAAAUAUUAAUCGAGUACACUUACAACAUAUUUACUGUACUGAAGGCUUUCUGCUUGAUUAAUAACGCUUUCUUUCAUUAAGAUUAAGCAUUUAUUUCUAAGUUGUUAACUACACUUAUUCCAUACGAAUAUUUGUAGUAAUUCUAAAUUUGAAAAAUAUAGAACUGUUAAAUCUAUAUUUAAGACAAAAGUGGAACUUUUGUUCAUUCACGUUCAUAUUUAGUCCUUGUUAAAUUACAUUAAUUGUUGUGAAAUGUUGUUCCUUUCAGUGCUAGGAAUCUUGUUGGUAAUUGAUUUUAUUUGCCAAGACGUAUGAUCACAUAUUGUAGUCAUUGUCCAAUUCUGCAAAUAAUAUGAAGUUUUCAAUGUAUUAAUUGUAAUAUAAAAAGAAAUGAAAUGAAAGUAAUGAGUGCUUUACUAGCAGAAGACCUGACCGUUUUGAGUGUUUACAUUUUACUGUUAUAACGUACUUUUAUACUUGUGAAUAUGAAUUUUCUAUGUUGCCAUGAUUUUCCUAUAAUAUGAGAGAUUAGUUUAUUAUAUGUGAUGAUAUUUCUUUAUCAUCGUUUAAUAAUUAAUAAAAAAAUAUUGUUAAUGUUUAUAUUGUUGUCAUUGAAAAAAACUGAACGAUU